AUGGGAAGCAUGCUGCCUACCAGACUCCACCACAACAGAAAGAAGCGUGGACACGUUUCUGCCGGUCACGGUCGUGUUGGCAAGCACCGUAAGCAUCCCGGUGGUCGUGGUCUUGCUGGUGGUCAGCAUCACCACCGCAUCAACAUGGACAAGUACCAUCCUGGUUACUUCGGUAAGGUCGGUAUGCGUCACUUCCACUUGAAGCCUAACGCCUACUGGAAGCCCAUCGUCAACCUUGACAAGAUCUGGUCUUUGGCCGGUGAAGGUGUCCGUGAAAAGUACAAGAACACGGAAAAGGUCCCCGUUGUUGAUGCUUUGGAGAAUGGCUAUGCUAAAGUGUUGGCUAAGGGUAACGUCUCCCAGCCCGUCAUUGUCCGCACCCGUUUCGUCUCCCGCCGUGCUGAGGAGAAGAUCAAGGAAGCUGGUGGUGCUGUCGAAUUGAUUGCUUAAGCUGCUUGCUUUCGUAUUGGUUUUUCCCUUUGUACAAAAAUAAAUAAUAAUAAAAAACAGAAAAAGGCAUGGUCUUUCUUUUUUCAGGAAUA